UGCAUCGGUGGCCGGUCUCUCGCUCCUCUCCCAGGUGGAGGCCUGUUUGGGCUGGCGUGCAGGAACAGCCGUCUCAGACGCACGUCCGUGGUCUUCCUGGGCAUGGUGGUGCACUUCGUCGCCUUCUACCUCAUCUUCCUCAACAUCCCGGACGACGCCCCUCUGGUUACGAGCAGCGUCACGCAGCACGAGCCGUACCUGCUGCCCAGCAUAUCCAUUGCCUUGCUGUGCAGUUUCUUGCUGGGGCUGGGGGACAGCUGCUUUAACACCCAGCUCUACAGCAUCCUGGGCUGUGUGUACGGAGAGGAAAGUGCACCUGCCUUCACCAUCUUCAAAUUCAUCCAGUCCAUAUGUGCAGCCCUGGCCUUCUUCUACAGUGGAUACCUGCUCCUCUCAUGGCAGCUGCUGCUCAUGGUGCUGCUAGGAUUUGUGGGAACUCUCUGCUUCUUCCUGGUGGAGAAGAUUCAGAACCUGACCGAAGCCUUGGAACAACCGUAACCGUCCCGGACAUCUCAUCCCAUCCGUUCACUUUCCGUUAUACGGGGCCAAAAUUUGGUAUCGUCUCAAAAGAAGGAUAUGCACUAUUUUAUAUCAGCUUUAAAUGAAGUAACUCAGUGCAAUACACAAAUAAUAUUAUUAUACGAGUUAUUUAUGUGUUAAGCAAACGGUCACUUGAGAAAGACUGUACAUUUCAGUUUAAUCUUUGUACAUUUCAGUUUAAUCUUUGUUAGGCUCAUCAUGCUGGCCUUCCUUGUACAUUUUUCUCAGGGCUGUAUAAGAAUCAUGACCUUUCUGCACCAGAGACAGCUUUAUGCUCUAAUAGUACUUUAACGUCAGAUAUUAUUGGGACAAUCACAUAAUAAAAAUUAUACUGUGUGCAGGAAGAUAUUUUUUACUUUAAUGGAUUUUGACAGUUAUGGUAAUUUAUGAUUGUACUUAGCAGGUAAGUUAUGGAUAUGUCCAGCUAUGAAAGAUGAAAGUCAGUUUGGCACCAAAGACACCUGACAGUAAUGGAGGCAAAUUCACUAUGAAUUCACUGUUAAAUUCCUUUUAAUUACUCCAGGAAAAUACAUUCUGAGGUUCUGCCGAUUUUUACCAGUGCAAUUGCUAUAUACAAGACUUCAUAACUUCACAAUGAUAACUUUACUACAUAAUAAUACAUUUCACUACAACAAUCAGUACCAUUUCAAAAAAAAAAAAAA